GGAAUAUUAAACAUGAAGUAUCGCAUAAGGCUGACCGCCCAUUUUGAAGUCUUCAGUUACGGAGCUGAUCCUCCUGAUGGCCCCAGAGAGAACUCCAUUUCGUAUAUCUACAACCUCUCUCCCUUCUCUCUUCCCCCCCCCUUCCGCCCUUCCACCCUUCCACUCCCUUUAGCCCCUUGCAGUUUCCCUUCGCCGGGGAAAAUCUGACGCUAACCGCCCAUCUAUACGUCACACAUAUCUCUGUUGUGGUCGGGUCUUUCAUUCUUUCGUUUCUUCUUCGCGUCCUUCACUGAUCUUCAUUUCCAUUUUGAUCUUGUCUCCGCCCUAAUCCUUCCACCCCCACCCCACUAAUCGCCAAAACUGUCCUCGCGGUUGGCUUCCCCGCAACGAACGCGUGGACAGGCUUGGAUGCGUACGUGGGAUUUCCCAGACCUUAUAACCCCCCUCCUAGUGAUUGCGGGUUUGUUGGUAGGAGACCAAAUGUGGCUCCGCUAGAGUCCAAGAAUGCUGCUGAAUCUUGGCCUCGCAGCGGAUGCCGCAGCAGCUCAUUCAAUUGAUCCGGCCCAGCCAGAGUCUCCCCCAGCAUCGGCCCUGCCAUACUCACCCUCGUUCGCGUUUCCGGCACUACCAUUUCUGGAUACCUUUCGUAACCGCCUGAAGCAGCCCGGUCCUGCUACGCCCGCGGGACCAACCUCCACCGCGGCUAUGAGCCCAGUCAUGUCGACGCCGACGGAGGGCGAGUCUUCUACCGCCGCCUCAUCUGCGCUCGCACGGCCUCGAGCCAAUCGUGCGCCAACCUUUAAGAAGUCGUCGCGAUCUAAGACUUCAUACCAGUUCGCCCACCCGGCUUCGCAUGCCCGUCAUAAGCGCCUGCGAUUGCGACCGAAGCUCCUACUGCAGGUACAGCAAGUUUCGCAAACACCCAGACCCUUGCCCAUUAUAGACGUCCUUCCUUCGACUAUGUAUCUGCCUCGAUUAGCGCGAAAGUUUCCGGCUCUGUUUCGCCGAAAGAACGGCCUUGGUCCCUACGAUGUCAUUAUAGUCAUGAGCGAAUUGUACGAGAGUACCAGAGCGACCAUCCCGGAGAAGCACGCCAGCUCCGAAGACGACGAUGAGGAUCAUCGCGAAGUGGUCGCUACGGUCUGUCAGAUGCUUCAAGAAGAGGCCCGCCUCAAGGGGAAGGCGGAAAUUUGUCUCAACUUUGGACCCGUAUGGGAGGCGACCCCUCUUCCUAGUGGCUCGUAUGAGUUUGUUGCCCACACGAAUGAUGGGACUCGGGUCAUGCGAUGGGCAUUGCGAGGAGGGAAGACCCGCCGAGGAACUGUGUCCUCGGGAUCGCAAACGCGCGAUGACAUGAAACGGUUCACAUUCAGCGUCAUUGACCCCAAUACGCGUCGGCACCCAGUAAUCGCAUCAAUGACCAAAAACCAACUAGAAGUGAACGACGAGUAUUCCGCUGCGGUUGCACGAACGACCAAUGGACCCACCACCCCAAGUUCCGGCAUGUCCGUGGUGAGCGACAUGUCAGAUACAGAGGCGCCCGUGGAUGCCAAUGAUGUGGUUAUCCUUGACGAUGCGCUACGCACUUUGAUUAUCGUUACGGGGAUCUGGGUGGCUUUCCGGGAGGGCUGGUCGCAGAAUUUCAACUACGCAGACUCCGCAUCUGCACCUAACGGCAAGGGCGUCACAUCUCCAACCUCGUCGACCAAGUAUAGCUCGCCCACCGCAACCAAGAUUGAGAACGAGAACGAAAUCGAUCGCGACGAGUUCAGCCCGGUUCAGGAUUUCUCGACCGGGAAGCGCUGCAUGUCGAUCUCUAGUAUGAAGCGCGCCAAUACGAUGACACCACCUGAAGCCGCCAAAGGGGCUGGAAGUCUGUCCAGACGAUCCAACUCAACCGGCGCCGCAUUCAUGGACCGAGCCAAACGACGAAGCGCCUCGGCGGCUACCAAUCGACACAACCGCCACAGCAUGUUCACCGGCACUGGCGAGAAUGGCCGUGAUAUUGUAGUCUCUCGCCCUCCAUCUCUACGACAGAACUCAGUCGAACCCGAUGAUUCCCCUCAUCGCUUUGACGGACUCGAUGCCAAGCUCAAAGCCAACGCCGGUCCUGAAAUUCCCAAGCUCACUUUACAGCCGGAUCGUGGUCCGGAGCUUACUCUUGACGGUGCAUCUGACGUACCCUCCAAGGAGUCUGAAGCUGGAAAGACCAAACGUCGACACCGACUCAGCUCUCUCUUCACGAUCUUUCACCGAAAACACUGAUCCCCUUCUACGCAUGUAUACGCCCUGCAUCUUCCAGCGAAUCUCUCCCUGUAUCUCAUACCAGCAUUUUCCCCCCCCUUUUUUCGAUUUGCAUUUGGCUUGGGCGUUUCUUCUUCUUCUUCCUCGGCAUCGCAUAUCGUCUGGCACGGAGCGUUGACCAUUUUAACCAUUGACAUUCCUGGCAUAUCACAUCUCCUUUCUUUAUCAUAUAAAUGAUUUUGCCGGUCUCUCAUGCGGAUCGCACCUUGAUCUGGAUAUCACCGUGUAGAAGUGACACGCAAUGUUAAUCUCGUGGAAAAUGUGAUUUGGGUUCUCAUACCCAGCAUAGAGGCAAUCCGGACUUACCUGCCCGUCCAUUUGCCGUGUUGUGAAUUCGCAAGUCCCAAUCGUCUUUGCAACUUGUACCAGGGGAAGCAUACGUAAGAGGAAACUGAAUCAUUCAUUGAAUUAUGCCUAUGAAUGAGAAACUUUCUACGGCAUUCAUGUCGAUCCCAAGAAAGACAGUGCCCACCGACCCCAUCCAGAGCCAUAGGAAACCUCAAGUAUCGAUCAACGCUCCUGUCAACUCCCAUCAUAGAGCCAAGUUUCACCCUCCGGCCAAUAAGCUAGAACUGAGCAGUCUUGUUUUCCGGAGCAGCAGUAUACAACUGCUCCCCAUUCUUCU